AUGUCUCCUCAUGGGUUAAAUUCCUUGUUUAUACUUCCUUUAUUAAAAUUGACAAAUGCAAUCGCGUUUCCAACGCCCACCGCGACAGCCAUCUCAAAUGAAGUCGAAUCUACCAUCCCGGAGCCGACCCCUGGCAUCGAUAUCAACACCAUAACUGCCCUCCAGCGUCGAGAUGAGAUUGUGUGUCCAGAGAGCAGCAGCUGUGUCUGCCACAACUCGAACACAAACUUUCCUGGUAUGGCAGGCUGUUGCUCAGGCUCGGACUGUCAAUUCGAAACAACCUGCGUCAAUUACUCCCAAAUAACGGCCAGUCCGGACGCCUUCAGCGAAUACAAAGCAUUAACCAUGUAUUGCGAUGACCCUUCCAGUCCUGCCUGUGUGACAUGGACAUUCCCCACAAUCGAUGUUACGGAUUUUGGAUGCGAUACUAGUAGGAGUAUCGACCGUGUGUAUACGUGGACAACGCCCUACUGGGUCACCGGCACCGUGGAAGUAAUCGAAUUGGUAUACAUGGCCACUGUCAAUGAUGACAUUGUGAGUGACUAUGAGGCCAGUUACUCUUUGUCAACAUCGGCGACAAAAGGAGGAGUUUCUGCUGUUCGUGUCAGCUCAAAUAGUGCUACUGCGACCGCCGGUAGUCACCACAGCUCUGGCUCCUCGUCCUCAUUUUCAUCAACAGGUGCAAUCGCUGGAGGUAUUGUUGGAGGUAUAGUCGGAGCAGCUGCCAUAGGUGCUGCUGCUUUCUUCUUUUGCCUUCGGAAGAGGAAGAACCGGGUCGAUGCUUCUGGCGAUCUGGAUUCCCGUGGACUGGAGGGAUACCACACUGUCUCAGAGAAUCAAAUCUGUGCGUGGGAAAUGCAGCCUGCAAAUUAA